CAUGCACCUUCCCCGCCUUCUCCCCGGAGGAUCCUGACGCGCAUGCGCGGCGUGCCUGGCUGCGACAGGAAAAGGGAAAUCCGGAAAUGAACCCGGCAGAGGGCGGGGCGUGACCUUUGACCCCGCGCACGCGGAGGACGGCGGCGGCAGCGGCGCACGCGGGACGCGGCCGUGGAGACCAUGGAGCAGCCCCUGGAGCUCGAGAGCGAUGACGAUCUCACAGACAGCGAGGAGAGCGUUUACUCGGGUCUGGAGGACUCUGGCAGCGACAGCACCAACAGCAGCGCCGGGGAGGAGGAGGAUGAAGACGAGCGGGAGGAGCCUGGCAGCGGGGCAGCCCCCGAGGUCAAAGGGGCUCCCAGGAAGAGCAAAGUCCUGGGGGCUGAUCCCCCUCCAAAGGAUGGCGAGGGUCUGAACGUUCCGGAUGAGUACGUGGAAGACAGCUCGGAUGAGGAGGUAGGACCGCCUGCCAACUUGUGGAUGCAACAUAGGGCUGGUGGAUUUCUUGCUGCGUCGCCUUCCGUGCAAACCCAGAGGGAGGGACGUUGGGUCAAAGAGCUCUGGGUGUGACGGGGGGCUGCCCACCCUGCAGCUCGCUGCUGGCACCCAGCGGGGCCGGGGGGGGCUGGUGAUGGAGCGCAGCGCUCGCGGUGCCUGGCGCGGGAGGUUGGAAACUGC